CCAGGUGCAGCAUUUCGCAAGGGCGGGUCCGCCCCCUGACGGCGGCUCUGGCGGGCCGCACGAGUCGUGGGGGCGGCCGCGGGUGUUGAAGGAGGAGGAGCUCCGCAGCAUGGAGGCCGCGCUCUCGUGGCUGGCCCCGCUGCUCUCGGCGCUGGCCGUGUGCCUGGACGUCUGGCUGCCCUUCCCAGUGCACCGCGGCCGCGCGGCGCUCGGCACUGAAGCCGCCGCCGGGGCGCCGGAGAGGAGGCGCGGCCGGACCGCGGGCUCCGCGGCGGCGAGGAUCGGGCCGUGCAAGUGGACCUCGCCCUGCGUGGAGCACCCCUUCACCGCGCGCUGGAAUUAUUUCAGCAUCUACGACGGCAUCUGCACCUCCGAGUUCGCCACGGCCACCCGCUUGCUGGACGAGGAUUUGCGACACUUGUGCGCCUGCCAGGGAGAGCUGGUUUCGCCUGAGACUGG